AUGCCUGAGCUACUGGACUGGAUAUUACAGAACGAAGAGUCCUUUCGCAAAUCCCGCCUUCCCUCGCUGUACUCCGACCUGUCUCUCCAACGGCAAACCAACCUUGACGGCUACAACGCCAACAUACACGCCUGGCAGACCGCCCUCUCACACGCCGCCCUCGCCGGCCACCUACCCUCCUCCGCCUCUUCUCCUUCCAUCCUCACGCUCCAGACCUCCGAACAACUUCUCAGCGCCCUAUCAAGCCGGCAGUAUGGACGUCCGCUCGGUCUCGGCGCUGUCAUCGACGAGAGCGUGCGGAGCGGGAAGAUGAUACCUAGAAGCGAUUUCUUGGGGUCUAAGAAGAGUAUCUAUGCUAGGAGUUGGGUGCCUAGUCCGUGGUCGCUAUUGAGUUGGGGGUUGAAGACGAUCGGGUUGCUAGGCGAAGAGAGCUGGGAUGUUCAUGGGAGGUUGAGAGUGGGAGAGUUGGUAGUUGUGGAGAAUGUCGAGAGGUUGGGUGGUGAGGUUCUCAGCAGACAAGAGAGCAGGGCGCAGGGCGUUACGGAUAGGGUAGUGAGCAGGGAGGCUUUCGCAAAGGAGCUGGCAAGUGGAAUUGGCGGUACAGAAGGUGUGGGACUGUCAGAAAAGGAUGUGGAGAUUCUACUGAAGUUCUUGGAGCGAGAAAAACAGGCUAUAUCCUAUAACGAGAAAGUUGUCAAGUUCAAACAACCAUCCGCUGCUCGACCAGAGCCUAUCACGCAACAAGAUGUCACCAUUGCAUCGCUCAAAACACUCAUUUCGACUUUAACAUUACAAUGCGAGAACUUGUCCGCUCGCAUCUCAUCGCUUACUAUCACCGCCUUCGUAGCGGUAAAAUCAUCCAACCGUAUCUCUGCACUCUCCGCCCUCCGUUCUAAAAAGCUCGCCGAAAGAAAUUUAAAGCAGCGUUCCGAUACGCUUUCGCAGCUAGAGGAGGUGUACACCAAGAUUGAGCAAGCGGCUGAUCAAGUCGAGAUCGUGAGAGUCAUGGAAGCCAGUGCAGGGGUCUUGAAAGGUAUGAACAAGCAAGUGGGGGGUGUGGAGAGAGUGGAGGAUGUGAUUGAGGAGCUGCGGGAAGAAAUGGGCAAGGUGGACGAAGUUGGAAAGGUCAUCAAUGAGCCAAUGGGAGCCAGGGAGCAGGUCGAUGAGAGCGAGAUUGACGAUGAAUUGGAGGCUAUGGAGCGAGAAGAAAAGGAGAAGGAGGCAAGGAGAGUGAAGGAGAAGGAGGAAAAGGAGGCAGAAGUCACACGGAGCAGGUUGGAGGAAAUCGCAAGGAGAGAAGAUCUGGAAGAGACAGAGAAGAGGAGAAAGGUGGAGGAGCUGGAGCAGGGAAUAAAGAAGUCACAGGAAUCAGAUUCGGUGCCAAAUGAAGCCGUAAAUCAGCUCGAUGCUAGCACAAAACGCCUAAGCCAGAUGAGUCACGAGGAUGAUGCAGCUGGCAAAACGCAUGACACAGAUGGCAUGCAAGGAGUUCAGAAAGCGGUCGCGGAAGGUUCAUCAUAA